UUCAAUUAAUUUCUUAGCAUAUAAGGGGGGAGUUAAAAGAAACACGGCUCGGGUAACUAAAUAAAAUAGCCUAAUAUGGCCGUUGAUGGAGGAGUGGAUUCUUACAACUUUCUACGUUCAUCGCUCUCUAAAGAAAAUCAAAAAGUAUUAGUUGUUGGUGCUGGGAACUUUUCAUUUUCACUUUCUCUUGCAUUAUUUCGUGACGAAAUAGGUCUCAACACACAACUUGUGUUGACAUCCUUCGAUAGCAAGGACAUUUUAUUACAAGACGAGCUUACUUGUCUUAACCUCAAACGUUUGCAAGCAUGUGAAAAUGUAGAAAUCCUACAUAAUAUUGAUGCAACGAAGCUUUCAGAAUAUUUUAUAGGCCGAAUAUUUGGCAGAAUUAUAUUCAAUUUUCCCCACACUGGUGGCAAAUCAAACAUUAAGAAAUGUAGAAAGUUGUUAGAAGAUUUCUUUGUGAGUGCUGUACCACAUGUUGCGUUGAAUGGUGAAAUAUGUGUAACACUGUGUAAAGGCCAAGGCGGUACUCCCAUGGAUGAACCACACAGAGGUUAUGGGAAUUCAUGGCAGAUUGUUGAUAAUGCAGCAAAAGCUGGUUUAGUUCUGAACCAACUUCAUCCUUUUCUGGAAUCAGACUAUGACCAGUAUAAGAGUGUUGGGUUUAGAGGAAAGCUUGCAAGAAGCUUUCAUACUGCUGGUGGCUUGAUUCAUAUUUUUAUUCCUGGUGUCAAGAUAGACUCUAUUGAAGAUCUGAGUGGAAAAAGUGAUGAUGAAUUGUUGUCCUAUGUUUGGAAGCAAUAUAAUCAGAUCAUGAACAAUGCACAGUGUUUUGAUUCUUCCCAUCCCUUUUAUGAUUUAAAGGAUAAGAUUUUAAAUGUGUUAAACAAUGUGACCAAUGUUUCAUUUGAAGAAAUACUGGAAAUUAGCAAUGACAUUUGCAAUGUUAUUGAUCCUGAAGACUUUUCACAUCAAUAUGAGAGUGAUCUUAACAUCACAGCUACUUACAACAACAAGAUAUUGUUAUCUAUGAAAAAAAGUCCAUCAUUUGUUUUAACUGGUACUGCUUUUACAGGAACAGAUGAAAUGAUUCACGAAUUAAGUACGAGUAUUACGUAUAUAGCAAUAUGUAGGUUCUAUGAUACCGAGGAUGAGAGUAAUCUUCAGGAAGGGGAUUCAGAGAAAAAAAUAAUAGUAGAUGAGUUGAAGAAAAUAUUCUCUACGGAGUAUGAGAGUGUUCAUGAAGUCUCGUCUGAGAUAAUGGUUAAUAAUGAUGAUUCUGCGAUUCCAACAUGGACAAACAGCACUGACGUUGCUCAUUUAGCUCGAAGCAAAUGUCAAGUUAAACAAAAAUCAGAUUUAGAGCAUAAUUCAGGUGAAUGUGUAUGUAAGCAGCUUUGCCGUAGAUAUCUAAGAAAUGAUGCUCGUAUUGGAUCUUCACAGCGAAUGCCUUUGGAAUUUCUUGAUAACAACACUGUAAAGGUUUUUCAAAUUUCUUCAUCUGUGGUUAUUAUCUGUGGCAGCAUCAAACAAGAGAUUUUGAGAUUCACUGGACACAGACAUGGGUGGCUCAUCCUUGUUAAUCUUGAUAAUAUAGCUGUGAUACAACACAAUAUAACCGACAUUCGUCUUCUUUCGUCAAGUAUCAUUCAUUGGGAAAGAAAGUCGACAAAAAUUAAGGAGGAAGUUGACCAGGAUGAAAAUAUCACGUUCAUUCCGGCGCCAAAAAGCCUAUUUCCAUCCACGCACGUCCAUGACAUUAGUUUUUGGAUAUCGGACGAUGUCUCACAAGAACUUUUCUUUCUCACAACAAUGGCCUUAACCAUGAACUGUGUAAAAGAAAUAAAACUAACCGAAAUUUAUCAUGACGAAGAAAAGCAUAUGUUAAGCUUCAACUAUCGCAUGAUCUACAGUCGUGUGGAUGGUCCACUUAGUCAUUUGGAAGCAGUAGAAUUACAGAACAGAUUGAGGCGAGCAUUGAUUGUGCUAGGUUUUGGACUCAAGUGAAGUAUAAGUAUAACUGUAAAUA